UGCCGCCGCCGCCAUGCGAUCUGCGGCGGAGAAGCUCCGGUUCUUCCACCGAAGCUCAUCCCUCAAUCUCUUAUCUCCAUUCUCUGCAUCCAGACAAUUGAAGACGUCUACAAUAACGACCAACGCCCUAACCGAGGAAGAAGUUAACCAAAUCAACGCCGUAACCCACCGCCUAUGCGACUCAAACCACCUGAAAGAAGCUACCGAUCUCAUCUCCGCGGCCCUCUCCACUGCCAGCCCUCCUCUCGCUUCACUCCCUGUCUCCUCUCUCAUCAGCCGCCUCGCUUCCCAACCCGAUCUCACCUACCCUAUGCACCUGCUCAACUCCCUCAAAUUCAACCCUAACGCAUCGGAUCCGUCGGUUCUAAUCCCCGUCGUGAAAAUGAUCCUCGCCUCACUCUUCGACAACGGUCGGCCGAAGAUGGCCGUCAAGAUUUUCCAGUGGGUGGCGCGGCCCGAUUUUCCCGGAGGUGUGGCGCCGGACCUGGAACUCUACGCUGGUUUGGUUGAUGGAUUUUGCAGGAAUGGAAUGAUGUUAGACAGUCUCCGUGUUUUGAGAGUGAUGGCAUGUGAAAAAUUGGUAAUUGGGGAUGAAAUUAGGGUUUGUGUUUACAGGGGUUUGUUGAGGGAGGCUAGGGUUAGGGAAGCUUUGGAGCUGAAUGCUGCAUUGGGGAGUUGUACAUCAGGGAGUGAUGGGGAUACUUGUGUUUCAGAGAAGGUUGUGCAUUUACUGGAGCGGAUUAUUUCAAAUUGGGUGGACUAGAAUUUAUGAUGCUGUGCAAGAGUUUAAGGUUGGCGACAGUUGGUUGGAGGAGUACAUCUCGUCUCACUACUUCCCGCUUCCAAAUUAGUUGUGCUGCAAAGAAAGAAACAGUGGACAAAGUGUGUGAAAUAGUGAGGAAGCAGCUUGCACUGCCUGCUGACAAGGAAAUCACCCCUCAGACUACUUUCACAGAUCUUGGAGCUGACUCGCUUGACACUGUGGAAAUAGUUAUGGGGCUGGAAGAAGAGUUUGACAUUACAGUCCAAGAGGAUAACCAAGACAACAUAUCAUGCAUCCAGGAAGCUGCUGAUCUCAUUGAACAGCUUGUUGCCAACAAAUCUUAAUACCUUCUUUUUUAUACUAUAUCAAACUUAGAAUUAUGAUAAUCAUUUGAUGUGGGAUUUUUUUUUCUUUUGAGAUACAAUCUUUGUGAUUGGGAUCUGUCGGGGGAGGGGGAGAAAAAUAGUUCUAAUUUGAAUUACUACUUCCGUCCAACUAUAAGAAUCACAUUUUGCUCUUA